AUGAGCAGGGUAGACGUGCACGACGUCGCUGAUCAAAGCCAUCAGACAUUUGUUACUGACUCAGCGAAGAAAGUAUUUUCGAACAACUGUAGUACUAAAGGAAGAAGUAGAAGAAGACUUCAGUCACAAUUUAAUUCUGAAUUUUUUUUUUCUAGGAUCGUCAACAUCAAACAGAAAAAGAUAAUUACCUUCUUGAAGCCAAUUUUCGACUUGAGAAAGAUAAUACAAAGCUGGUCGAUAUGCUGGCAGACCUUGGAAUCCCAGACUGGUUACCGAGUGGAUAUUAAUGCUGAUAAGACUCCGGCACUCGACGGGUGUGGCUUGCAAACUUCAACUGCAGGCUCCAGUGAAUGUGCAGUGAACACCAAGGAUAUUCAAGGAUUAGUUGAUGAUUCAAUGCUGAAUAAGCAAUUAUUGGAAAAGUGUCAGGAGGAGAUAAAGAGUCAUGAAAACGAAAAAAUGGACUUGAAAACUAGGGUUGAGGUACUGGAGAGUGAACGUGACAUGAAAAAGAAGGCUUGAUGAAGUUUGUGUCCGAUCUGCGCUCAGCCCUUCUAAAGAUGCCAGGAUUGGAAGAACAAUGGAAACUACUACUGGAGUCUGCCCGUAUAUUGGCAAGCAGAAAUUUCAAAUCAGUGAUCGAUGGCAUGACAUUGGGAGAUGAGUAUCCAAGCACAGA